AUGGCCGAGUCAGCUUCAACAGUGCUCGCCAUUUCCAUGAUAACCGCGGCAUAUCUAGCGAUGCUUUCUGCCACGCCUCCAAAUCCGACCCCCGAGAAGAAGUAUCGACACAAUAUAGAUCGCAUCAGCUUCAUUUCAGGGAAUUUCUCGACAGUUGCGCGCAGAAUUUGCGUAGCUGCUGUCGGUUAUCAUGGGUUCCUCGUAGGAGUUGCCCACUACGCCCCUGGUCGCAUAUUGCAAAGCUGCCCGCUAGUCCGGAACACCAACCCGGAACUCUUCGUCUGGAACCAAACAUCAGUGACCGCUCUUCUGUUGAUUUAUGUUGGCACAUAUGUGCGCCUCUCAGCUUACAACGAUCUCGGUGAAUGCUUCACAUUCCACCUUGCCCCACCAUCUCGUUUAGUGACCACGAGGAUCUAUAGUUGGAUUCAGCACCCUAGCUAUACAGGACUAGCGAUGAUAUGUCUGGGCAGCGCAUUUCUAUUCCUUCGAUGGGAUGCAACCCCUGCUUGCUGGAUUCCAGAGACUUUCCUAUCUCAACUGGCGGGAUCGGGACUUGGGAUUAGUGUGGCGGUUAUGGGAGGCGUUAUCUGGACUUUGGCAAUGAGAGUACGAGAUGAGGAGGAUAUGCUGAGACAAAAGUUUGGAGGGGAAUGGGAGGACUGGCACCGCUCCACGAAGAGAUUUAUUCCCGGUCUUCUUUGA